GUACAUUUCCGGAUACUAACAACAAUGGCGGCCAAUAGGGAAAGAGAUGUUCUCUUUGAAGUGAGAAAUGCUUUCUUCAUAGGAGACUAUCAGCACUGCAUAACCGAAGCACAAAAAAUAAAACCCCCAACAGCUCCAGUGGCAAUAGAAAGAGAUGUACUAAUGUACAGAGCAUAUUUGGCUCAACGUAAAUAUGCUGUUGUUCUUAGCGAGGUGACUAAGAGUUCUCCUGUUGAAGUGAGGGCUGUUCGUUUGCUAGCUGAAUAUCUUAAUGCUAGCGGAGCAGGAGGAAGAGCGAAGGUAGUAUCGGAUCUUGAUAAAACUGUGAACAGUGGGGUUGAUGCUGAUAAUGAUACUUUUGUAAUUGUUGCUGCCUCAAUUUACUUACUAGAGGAAAAUUUUGAUUCUGCCCUUCGAUGUCUCAACCAGUCAGAUUCAUUAGAAGG